AUGGAGCAGGAGGCCCCGGACGGGGCGGGCGGCGAGGAGGAGGAGGAGGACGAAGACGCGCUGGGCGAGGAGCUGGAGGGCGGCGGCGGGGAGGCGGCGCCGUGGAGCCUGCAGGAGAAGGCGCUGCACGAGGCCCGGCUGAAGGCCAAGGCGAAGCGGCGCUUGCGGCGGACCUCCUCUCGCGAUUCCCAUCGGGAAGCCGUCCCGGAGAAGGGCGAGCCGGAGCCGGAGCCCAGCAGCCCGAAGGGCAAGAACCACGACCGCAAGUCCCGCAUGGGGAAGGGCCGCGGCCUGCCCAAGAAAGGUGGGGCAGGGGGCAAAGGCGUCUGGGGAGCGCCCGGGGUGGUCUACAGCUACCAGGAGCCGGAUGCCCGGGACCCCAACUACGACGAGGCUGCACAGGGAAAGACCGUCUAUGCCACGGUGGUGCCUGAGCUAGAGGAAAAGGAGCUGGAGAAGACGGUGCAGCCGAUGGUGCUGGAGUAUUUCGAGCACGGAGACACCCUGGAAGUGGUGGAGCUGCUUCGGGAUCUGAACUUGGGGGGCCACAAGGCAGCCGUGUCCUCGCUUGCCGUGGUGCUCUCUCUGGAGGGGAAGGCCAGCCAUCGGGAGCUGACCUCCCGCCUACUCUCGGACUUGGUGGGGAAGGUGCUGAGUGCCGAGGACAUCGCGGCUGCUUUUGACGGGAUGCUGCAUGACCUCCCCGACCUCAUUCUCGACACACCUGAGGCGCCGCAGAUGCUGGGUCAGUUCAUCGCCCGCGCUGUGGCUGACCACGCGCUUCCCCUCAACUUCCUCGAGCGCUACAAGGGGCGGGUCGACUGUGAGCACGCACGGACUGCCCUGGACCGUGCUGCCGUCCUCCUGCGCAUCAAGCGGGACGUCAAUCGGUUGGACAAUGUGUGGGGCGUGGGGGGCGGCCAGAGGCCAGUCAAGCAUCUGAUCAAGGAGAUGAACCUCCUGCUGCGUGAAUACCUGCUCUCUGGAGAGGUGUCUGAGGCUGAACACUGCCUGCGCCAACUCGAGGUGCCCCACUUCCACCAUGAGCUUGUCUACGAGGCUGUGGUGAUGGUGAUGGAGUCUUCGGGAGAUACGGCCGUGGCCAUGAUGGUGAAGCUGCUGAAAGUGCUGUGGCAGACGGGGCUAGUGACCCUGGAUCAGAUGAACCGGGGCUUCCAGCGGGUCUACGAUGAACUCGGAGACCUCAGUCUGGAUGUUCCGCUGGCCCACAGCAUCCUGGAGCGGAUGGUGGAUCUCUGCUUUGAGGAGGGCGUCAUCACCAGGCAGCUGAGAGAGACCUGCCCUGCCCGGUAG